UAAAUCAAUUCAGUCAUGUAGACUUAUCAAAACCAAAAUGGUCUCAGGAAGAUUACGUUGGAAGAGCGAAGCAUUUUUUCACUGUGACAAAUCCAAUGAACGUUUUAUUGUCCAGCAACGACCUGGAAGCUGCCAAAAAGCUUGUUACCACCUUCAAAAACAAUGAACCAAUUCCACCUGGGACUACAGAGGAGGAUUUAUGGAAAGCAAAAUAUCGAUAUGACAGCGCCUACCAUCCUGAUACUAAAGAGAAGAUGAUUCUAUAUGGUCGUAUGUCAGCACAAGUCCCAAUGAACAUGACUAUCACUGGUUGCAUGCUUACAUUUUACAAAACUACACCAGCUGUUAUAUUCUGGCAGUGGGCAAAUCAGUCUUUCAAUGCAAUUGUAAACUAUACCAAUCGAAGUGGAGAUGCACCUCUUUCAACAAAGAGAAUUUUAACCUCGUAUGCAUGCGCUACUAGUGGAGCUGUUGCUACUGCAUUGGCACUCAACGCCAUGACUAAGAAACUUCCCGCUCUCGUUGGUCGGUUUGUACCACUUGCAGCAGUAGCGAGUGCCAACUGCAUCAACAUACCAAUGAUGAGAAGCAGGGAGUUGACGGAAGGCAUAACUAUAAGCACACAUGAUGGGGAAGUGGUUGGAGAGUCAAAGAAUGCGGCGAAAAAAGCGAUCGUCCAAGUUACAGUAUCCAGAAUAGGAAUGGCUGUGCCAGGAAUGGUGAUUCCUCCUGUGAUAAUGAACAAGUUGGCAAAGGGUUCAUUUUUAAAGCGAUUCCCGUACAUGAACGCACCAAUACAAGUCGGCCUCGUCGGACUUUCACUCGUGUUCGCCACACCUUUGUGCUGUGCCUUGUUCCCCCAGCGCAGCUCUAUGCCAGUAACAAGGCUGGAACCCGAACUGCAGGACGAUAUCGCCAAAAGAGGACUUCAAAUUAGCGAUGUCUACUUCAACAAGGGCCUGUGACGUCAUAGGCUCCAGGCGAGGGACUUUCCGCACAACUUUUAUCGUCACCUAAAUUAAUCGCAACUUUCUAGGAACGUCACGUAUUUAUUUCGUCAUUCGUAUCUCACUAUUUUGUAAGGACAUAUUGCGUGAUUUUUUUCACUUUUUAUCCUAUUUUUUACAGUUUUGCUUGCCGGUUUUAUUCGCUAUAAGGUGGUCACCGAAAUAAAAGGUCGUGCUAGGAGUUUACUUUAUUAACGAAAAGGACCCACCGUUUUACUCGAUGGACAAAGACGCAAAUAAGAUAAAGAGUCAAAUUUA